CACACACACACACAACUAGGCACUGCUGCUCAGCUGAGCAAAAUGUUUCUCCCUUAGUGUGCUUCAUCUUUGCCCAGAAAUCUCUUAAAAUGAAGCUAUGCUUUCCUCUCUGCUUUCUGCCUUCCUUUCUCUUUUCCUGCCUGCUCCUCCUGCCCCAGGGACAGUUCUGUCCAUCUGCCUGUGUCUGCGUGGACUAUCACACCGUAGACUGCAGAGACCAAGGACUCCCCAGCGUCCCAAAUCCAUUUCCUCUGGAUGUAAGGAAACUUCUUGUGGCUGACAACAACAUCCAGACCAUCCCAGCGGAUUUCUUCAUAUUUUAUGGAGAUCUGAUUUACCUGGACUUCAGGAAUAACUCUCUGACCACAUUAGAAGAGGGAACAUUCAGUGGCUCGAACAAGCUGGCGUUUUUGGACUUAAGCUACAAUAACCUGACGCAGCUUGACGCGGGAAUAUUCAAAUCGGCGGGCAAGCUGAUCAGAUUGAGCCUGGGGAACAACAACCUAGCAGAUGUGGACGAGGCUGCCUUUGAGACCCUGGACUCUCUCCAAGUGUUGGAACUGAAUGACAAUAAUUUGCAGAGCCUCAAUGUGGCUGUACUGGAUGCCCUGCCAUCGCUCCGGACCGUCCGCUUAGAGGGUAACCCGUGGCUGUGCGACUGUGAAUUUGCCAAUCUUUUCUUCUGGAUCCAGGAAAAUGCCUCCAAGCUGCAGAAAGGACUCAAUGAAAUCCAGUGCUCACUGCCUAUGGAAAACAGGAGGAUAUUUCUACAUGAGCUGUCCGAGGCCAGUUUCAGUGAAUGCAAGUUCAGCCUCUCACUAACAGACCUCUUCAUCAUCAUCUUCUCUGGGGUCGUGGUGUCAAUUGCCGCCAUCAUCUCCAGCUUCUUCCUUGCUACCGUGGUCCAGUGCUUCCAGAGGUGUGCUCCCAACAAGGAUGAGGAGGAGGAGGAUGAAGAGGAGGAUGACUGAGGCUCCUCCAUUCCCUCACUUUAGUUCUGAGUUUCAAAAUCCAUAACUGGUCCUCCCAGCUAGAGAACGGGGAGGGAAAUGCUUCCUUAGGAAGGCCUCUAACCACCCCAAAGGAAACAUUAACAGUUUCCUUUCUGCUUUGAAUGUGUGGGUCUAGGUCUCUCUGGAGCCACUGGUGUGAUGGUUCAUCGUAGACAUACAUCAUCGGCAGAAAGGGGCAGGGAAGGGCAGAGGGAAUUACCCAGUUGGCAAGAUUUUGGUUAAAGGAUGUUUUUCUCUGGGGGUCAAGGAAGCCUAAAGAGGCAUUAGCACCAUUCGGUUGCUCCCAAAGAGACUCAACUCCUCAAAAUUCCAGCUUGCGAGGUGGCCAGUGGCUACCUCUUCCCCAGACUGUGGGAGAAGGCUUCCCAAGUUGGUUUUCAGGGCUACAGUGGACCCCAGGGAUAGACAACUUCUCAUUCUUAAAUCAGUACCACCACCCAAGGAAUGAGUCUAUUGACCUGAUGAAUUACUAUUCCAAAUUUGUUUUGGGAAUCCAUCAAUUGUUCAUAUUUAUUGAGUGCAGAGUACUGUACAAAGUACUUGGCAGAGUACAAUAUAACAGAGUGGGUAGACACAUUCCCUCUCCACAAUGAGCCUACAGCCUAGAGGGGGAGAUUAGAAUCUAGAUGGAAAUAUGAAUAAAACUAUGUUCAUCUGGGAAUGAACCCAUGGGAUAAAGCCAAAAAUUGGCCAAAGUGUUUUUAUACUUUGGGAUGAAAUUAUUCUGGGAGAAUGAGUGAUAUGUAGAAUGGAAGAUCCUUUUAUAAGGAAUAUAGUGCAAUUCUGAUUUUUCCCCUCAGAAUGACUUUUGCUAAAGAUACAAAGAAGUAAUUAUUUUCUUCCUCCAGAAUAAGCCUUGAUCUUAAGAAUGGAGGGGUCUUAUAACUGGAUUUUGUAUAUUGCAGCAUUGAACAAUGUAGUGUUAAAUUCUUCAACAGUGGGCUUGCCAGUAUUCUAGAUUCAAUUAGCAGAUUCCGAUAACCAUGACAAAUAUCAUGUGGAAUUAAAAUUGGAACUUGCUCAAAACAUUUCUGUGAUUGUUGCUAUAAAGAAAUGAGAUAAAGUAGAGAUUAAAAUGGUAUUUUUCAGUAUUUAGGAGAUGUUUUCAGGUUUCAAAAGACAUGAAAACUAAAUUUAUUUCUCUCAGUGGCUCAGUACUAACUGCAAACUAUCUAAUGAUGUAGCAUUAUUCUAUAAGAAGAAAUAGGAGCUAGAUUUUAGAUUCAGUAAUUGAUACCUUUUCCUAGUGUGGUAAUGGCCUAACAUCUCUGCUGGCCAAUACAUAUUGCUCUGAAACACUAAGACACACAUCUUCUACUGCUCUGUAGAAACUCAUAAAAGUGAAUAACACUCACUGGUGAAGAUGCUUAGGAAAAUGAAAAUUGAUUAUCAGAGAUUUCUGGAAUUGCCUCAGAUAGUUUUCAAGAACAAAUCUGGUGUUUGAAUUGCAGUAAAAUGAAAAUGUGCCCAAGGUGCCUGUAGAAUGCUUAAAACAGAAAUGUUCUAAAGUGCAGAUGACAAG